AUGCGUGCCGGCUCCACGCGCCCAUUGGUGAUCGACCAGCGCGAGCGCGACGAGGCUGCGGCGCAGGGCGGCCAUGCUUCUCCUGCGCCCAGCGGCUUUGUCGCACGACAAGCGGCCAAUUUUAACAAACGUUCGGCCUUCGCGAUUCGGUCGGUUAGCCGGUCCGUCUUUGACGAACAACCAGCAGUGCCGCUUUGGAUGGACGAACAACCAGCAGAAAGAGGAGAAGAGCCGCCUCCGGACACGUCUACAACCACCUUCUUGCCCUCGUGGAACACCAAGGAGCGCUUGGACGGCCUUGAGGCCAUUGCGACAGCGCAGGGGUUUGACAUUCCAGCCGCCGAGAAGCAGCUGAGGGAAAAGGGAUGGGUGAUUCUGAGAGGUGUUUACAGCCCUGAGCAAGUCGCAGCCUUUACAAAGGCCUAUGACGAAAGCUGGGAGGACGCUAAGGCGGCGCUACGUCGCACCGAGGCGACCAGGUAUUGGGAGCCUAAGGGCGACAAUGGUAGCGGCACCUGCACUCCAUCGUCAGCAGCCUCCGAGGAUGGCGCGGAGUGUGAGACGAGUGGAAGAGGGCCUGACGGCUCGCAGUCGAACGGCUGCCAACCGCGCACCCUCGAUCUGACCGAGAUGUGCGACCUCACAAACAACGACCCGGCCAAGGGUGCCCCGGGCAGGUCGAGCGUGCUGGUGAAGACGGGGCCGGGCCGCUACGAGCUCUGCCACCGGAUGCAGGACGGUGUCUUUGCAGGCCCCGAGUACCACGAGCCGCCCGCCCUCGGGGCGCUGAUGAGGCGGAUGCUGCAGGAGGAUUACACCCACUACAACAUGGCGCUCAUCAGCGAACAAAAGAACCCGAACGGCGCGUGGCACCGCGACAGCUACGACCUCUGGGGCGAGAGCAAGGGCGACGUCUGGAUCGACGGCACUCUCCCACCCUUUUACUUUACGACGCUUGCGCCUCUCGGCCGGAUGGACGAGAGGAACGGCGCGACCGAGAUCAUCUCUGGCUCGCACCACCUGGCUGCGGCGGCGGUGCAGAGAGGGAUCCUCGCCCACGGCGGCCGCGAGCCUUUUCUCGCGCACGAGGACUCGGUGCAGAUGUGCGCCGACGCUGGUGACAUCGUCGUGUUUGACGGCCGCGCAUACCACCGCGGCCUCGCCAACGACAGCGACGAGCCGCGGCGCGUUCUAUGCCAGGUGUGGCAUAAGAUGUGGUACUCCGACUAUGCUACGCGUGAGCGCGACUUCCCGUGGGGCACGCCGGUGAUGAGGCACCAGGAGUUCGUGCGAGACGACUCCUAA